CCGGAGCUAGGAAGAUGUCGCCGGCUCCCGGUAGAUUUGACCGCGAGUCGGUAUCACCCCGGAAGUUCCGGGGACCGCGACGCCGCGUUUUUCACUUUGCCAAUUUCCCCGCCGCCACCGCUGCAGUGAUCCUUGUUUUUCUCGUGCUCGUGCCCGCGGUCACCCCCGACACGAUUCCCAUAGGUGCCAUAUUCGAACAGGGUAACGACGAGGUACAAUCUGUGUUCAAAUUCGCCAUGCUUAACUACAACGAGAACGUCACCGGACGCCGGUUCGAGCUGCAGGCGUUUGUCAACGUGAUCAACACCGCAGACGCCUUCAAGUUGUCUCAUCUCAUAUGCAACCAAUUCAGCAGAGGCGUUUACUCCAUGCUGGGCGCCGUAAGUCCAGACUCGUUCGACACUCUCCAUUCGUACAGCAAUACGUUUCAGAUGCCGUUCGUUACGCCUUGGUUCCCUGAAAAGGUGCUGACACCGUCGUCGGGAUUUUUGGAUUAUGCGAUAAGCAUGCGGCCGGAUUAUCAUCGGGCCAUAAUCGACACGGUGCGAUACUACGGCUGGAAGAAAAUCAUCUAUCUCUACGACUCCCAUGACGGUCUCCUGAGACUGCAACAAAUAUACCAAGGAUUGAGGCCAGGCAACGAUUCUUUCCAGGUGGAAACGGUAAAGAGGAUACAGAACAUGUCAGAGGCGAUCGAUUUUCUUCGAAGCCUCGAGGAAUUGAGUAGGUGGAGCAACAAAUACGUGGUCCUUGAUUGCCCGACCGAUAUGGCGAAGGACAUCGUAGUCAGCCACGUCAGAGACGUAGCCUUGGGAAAAAGGACGUAUCACUAUCUUCUGAGCGGAUUGAUAAUGGACGACCGUUGGGAGAGUGAGGUGAUCGAGUACGGGGCGAUCAACAUCACCGGAUUUCGCAUCGUGGACGCCACUCGACGCCAUGUCAAGGAGUUCCUCUCGAAGCUGGCUACUUCCCAAGGCGCCGGUCGCGAGUCCAUUUCCGCUCAGGCAGCGCUCAUGUACGAUGCCGUCUUCGUCCUCGUCGAGGCGUUCAGCAAGAUGCUGCGCAAGAAGCCGGAUCAGUUCAAGAGCAACGUCAGACGCAACGGCGUAUCGGGGAGCGGUCAUCAGGCCAAUGCGACAAGGGCCCUGGACUGCAACCCUAGCCAGGGGUGGGUGACUCCCUGGGAGCACGGUGACAAGAUUUCGAGGCAUCUGAGAAAGGUCGAGAUCGAGGGUCUGACGGGUGAAAUUCGAUUCAACGACGAUGGCCGCCGUCAGAACUACACCCUCCACGUUGUCGAAAUGACCGUAAAUAGCGCGAUGGUCAAGGUUGCCGAAUGGACCGACGAGGCUGGAUUCCAACCGAUAGCGGCGAAGUACGUGCGACUUCGACCCCAGUCGGAGAUCGAAAAGAACAGGACGUACAUCGUGACAACGAUCGUGGAGGAGCCAUACAUCAUGCUGCGAAAGCCGGAACCGGGCGAAACGCUAACAGGAAAUAACCGAUUUGAAGGCUACUGCAAAGAUCUUGCAGAUCUGAUAGCGAAGAAGCUCGACAUAACUUACGAACUGCGGAUCGUCAAGGACGGCAAAUACGGGACGGAAAAUCCUGACGUGAACGGUGGCUGGGACGGAAUGGUCGGCGAACUGAUUCGAAAGGAAGCGGAUAUCGCCAUCGCCUCGAUGACAAUAACGUCGGAACGAGAACGCGUCAUCGACUUCACAAAGCCCUUUAUGUCCUUGGGUAUCAGCAUCAUGAUAAAGAAGCCGAUAAAACAGAAACCUGGCGUAUUCAGUUUCCUGAAUCCUCUCAGCAAGGAGAUUUGGGUCUGCGUCAUAUUCUCGUACAUCGGGGUUUCCAUCGUCCUCUUCAUAGUCUCCAGGUUCUCUCCGUACGAAUGGAGGCUCCUUCAAAUCAACGGUGGAAAUGACCCGAUGGCAGGGGCAAGAGGAGAUCCUGGACUUCCGCAUCCUCAUGCUCCUCACGGUUCCCCUCACACGCCACAUUCCAGUAUGGCGAACGACUUCAGCAUUCUUAAUAGCCUCUGGUUCUCUUUAGGCGCAUUUAUGCAACAGGGCUGUGACAUUUCGCCGAGAUCAAUUUCGGGGCGGAUCGUUGGAAGCGUUUGGUGGUUUUUCACAUUGAUACUGAUUUCAUCGUACACUGCAAACUUGGCGGCAUUUCUGACCGUCGAGAGGAUGGUGGCGCCGAUAAACUCCCCGGAGGAUCUGGCUUCCCAAACCGAAGUCCAAUACGGCACACUAUCCCACGGAUCAACCUGGGACUUUUUCAGGAGGUCGCAGAUCACCCUCUACAGCAAAAUGUGGGAGUUCAUGAACUCGCGGAAACACGUCUUCGUCAAAACGUACGACGAGGGUAUCCGGAGGGUGAGAACGAGCAAGGGAAAAUACGCGCUGCUAAUCGAGAGUCCGAAGAACGAGUACAUCAACGAGCGAGAACCCUGCGACACAAUGAAAGUGGGGCGAAACCUUGACGCGAAGGGUUUCGGGGUCGCAACGCCCCUCGGUUCUCCUUUGAAGGACAGCAUUAAUCUGGCGGUCCUGUCGCUGAAGGAAAACGGAGAGCUGACCAAGCUGACCAACCGAUGGUGGUACGACCGGACGGAGUGCAGACACGGCGACAAGCAGGACGCCUCGAGGAACGAGUUGUCGCUGAGCAACGUCGCCGGAAUAUUCUACAUCCUGAUAGGAGGGCUGCUGGUCGCCCUCGCCGUCGCACUUCUAGAAUUUUGCUACAAAUCGCACACCGAAGCGACCAGAGCAAAGAUCCCCUUGUCAGACGCGAUGAAAGCAAAAGCUAGACUGACGAUCGGCGGCGGUCGUGACUUCGACAACGGACGGUGGUACGGACUGCAGAGUUAGACGGAGGAUGCAUGCGCCUAUCCCGGGACCAUAUUACUACGCGCCAGCGAAUGCGAUUGGCAAUGCCGAGAACGACCAAGUGCACAGCAAUACCCACACGCAGGUUUAGGUUCGUCCGACGCAACGCGAUUUACACCCCCAGCCCCACCCCCGCCCCCGCCGCCACCUCCGCCUCCGCCUCCGCCACCCCCAGCAAGGCCGAGCAGAAGCGUAACAUUCGCUGAACCACCGCCGAGGAGCCCGAAGCCAAGACGCAGGGCGAGUAUGGCUGCCCUGGAAAUAGCCGUGCCCUGGAUGCCUGCGCCCCAAGGCCCUCGGACCAGUGGAACUUCCGGUUCGAACAGGAAGCCGGAAUACGUAACUUGAAACAAAAGCCGGUUCCAGCGGUGAAAACUUGGCCCGAAUACGCGUGCGCAUUACGUCUAUCCUUCAACGCAUUCGGUGAAUCAGAGAACUACUUUUUUACUCUCAGUGCGGGAAGGUUGGAUGUUGUUGCAUUAAUGUGCAUUGAAAAUCGAUCUUUUCAUGCGUUGUUGGGGUUGUUGGAAAUUUUCAA